GGGACCGAGUCACGGUGGUGGCGGUAGCACCAUGUCGUGGUACCGCAACGUCGUGUGGUUCGUGAAGGGGCUGCGGGAGUACACGAGGAGCGGUUACGAAUCUGCCUCCAAGCACUUCGACCCGGCAGAUCUGGAGGUGGACGUGGCCGGUAGAUCCUUUCUGAUCACUGGGUCCAACAGCGGCAUUGGCAAGGCUGCAGCCAGGGAGAUAGCGCGGAGAGGUGGCACGGUUCACCUGGUUUGCCGCAAUAAGGAACGAGCUGAGGACGCCAAAGGAGAAAUAGUGACAGAAACUGGCAAUCAGAAUAUCUUCUUGCAUAUUGUGGAUAUUUCUAACCCCAAAGAAAUCUGGAAGUUUGCUGAAAAAUUCAAAACUGAACAUAAAUUGAAUGUGUUGAUUAACAAUGCAGGGUGUAUGGUGAACAACAGAGAGUUAACUGAAAAUGGACUUGAAAAAAACUUUGCAACAAAUACCUUGGGUACAUACGUUCUGACAACUGCCCUGCUGCCCCUCCUAGAAAAGGAAGCUGAUGCCAGAGUGGUAACUGUCUCUUCUGGGGGCAUGCUAGUUCAAAAACUAGACAUAUCUGACUUGCAGUCAGGAAGUGGGACGUUUGAUGGAACUAUGGUGUAUGCUCAAAACAAGAGACAGCAAGUUGUCUUGACAGAACAAUGGGCAAAAACUCACAGAAGCAUCCAUUUCUCUGUUAUGCACCCGGGCUGGGCAGACACUCCAGCUGUGAGGUCCUCGAUGCCAGACUUCUAUCAGAAGAUGAAGAACAGCCUGCGUACAGAGGCGCAGGGAGCUGAUACUGUGGUGUGGUUGGCAGUAUCAUCUGAGGCAGCAAAGUUACCCAGUGGCCUCUUCUUCCAAGACAGGCAACCAGUCCCUACACACCUGCCCUUAGCAAGAACCCACAGCCUACCAGGGGAUGAGGAGAAGCUAAUGGAGGUGCUGGAAGAAUUCUCCCAGAAGUUUAAAUCCACUUCUCCAGGAUCCCCUCAGUGCAGCUGAAGAUCAUGGAGCAGAUCUUCCUGGAAAAUAUGCUAAGGCACAUGGAAGAGAAGGAUGUGAUACGGGAUAACCAGCAUGGCUUCACCAAGGGCAGGUCCUGCCUGACCAACUUUGUUGCUUUUUAUGAUGGCGUAACUGCAUCAGUAGACAAGGAAAGAGCCACUGAUGUAAUCUAUGUGGACUUCAGUAAGGCCACAGUCCCCCAUAACAGCUUUCUCUCCAAAUUGGAAAGGGACAGAGUCCCCUAUAACAUUCUUCUCUCCAAAGUGGAAAGGUAUGGAUUUGAUGAGUGGACAGGGAAAUGGGAUCGUACCUUGGGAGUGGUGAUCUAUGCACUGAUGUGCAGAUAGAGAUCAGUUACAAGUGGUGUUCCUCAGGGGUCAUUACUGGGAUCUGUACUUUUUAACAUCUUAAUUAAUGAACAGUGGGAUUGAGUGCACCCUCAGCACAUUUCCAGAUGAUGCCAAGAUGUCUGGUGCAGUUGAUACACCUGGGGAACAGGAUGCCAUUGAGAGAGACCUAGACUGCCUUGAGCAGUGGGCCCAGGAGAACCUCCUGAGGUUCAAUAAAUCCUGCACGUGGUCCUGCACGUGGGUUGUGGUAACCUCUGCUACCAGUGCAAACUGGGGGAUGUAAGCAUGGAGCACCGCCGCAAGGGACCUGAAUGAACAGGUGGAUGGGAAGCUGGACAUGAACCAGCAAUGGACCCUCGCAGCCCAGAGAAUCAACCAUAUCCUUACACAGCAGUGUGGCUGGCAGGACGAGGGAGGUGAUCCUGCCUUUCUGCUCUGCACUGUGAGGCCUCACCUGGAGUACUGCAUCCAGAUGUGGAGUUCCCAGCACAGGAGAGACACAGACCUGUUGGAGUGCAUGCAGAGGCGGGCAGCAAAAAUGAUCGCCUCUCCUGGUGAUCAUUUUUGAGGGAGCUGGGACUGUUCAGCCUGGAAAAGAGAAGGUCUGCCAGGGAGACCUGAAAGCAGCCUUUCACUAUCUAAAGGGGAGCUGUAAGAAGGAAGGAACAGACUCUUUAGCAGGGUCUGCUGUGACAGGACAAGGGGAAAUGGUU